ACAUCUGGAUCUUUAAAGAUUCAUCAGAGAAUUCACACUGGAGAGAAACCGUACAGCUGUGACCAGUGUGGGAAAACUUUCACUGCAUCACGUAACCUAGAAGCACACAGACGUAUUCACACUGGAGAGAAACCGUACAGCUGUGACCAGUGUGGGAAAACUUUCACUGCAUCACGUAACCUAGAAGCACACAGACGUAUUGACACUGGAGAGAAACCGUACAGCUGUGACCAGUGUGGGAAAACUUUCAGUAGAGAAGGUUCCCUAGAAGCACACAGACGUAUUCACACUGGAGAGAAACCGUAUGGCUGUGAACUGUGUGGGAAAUCUUUCACUGGAUCAGAUAAAUUAAAAAUUCACAGACGUGUUCACAGUGGAGAGAAACCGUACAGCUGUGAACUGUGUGGGAAAUCUUUCACUGGAUCAGAUAAAUUAAAAAUUCACAGACGUGUUCACAGUGGAGAGAGACCGUACUGGUGUGAACAGUGUGGGAAAACAUUUACUCAGAGUGGUCACCUUCAGCGCCACCAACGCACUCAUGUUGCUUCGUGUUGAACAUCUCAGAGCCAAGCAAGCUGUUUUCUCCUGCCUCCUCCUAAUGCCAACAGACAACAGUAACUUUAUAUUUUGAGCAGCAUGUAUGUUAUUGUGGUUAUGAACCUCUACUGGCCUGCUGUCAUCACAGACACUAUGUAGCUACGAGGCCAUUAAUCUACCAAGUGUUUUCCUGAAGAAUCGCUUGGCCCUGUUUCAGAAAACGGGUUUAGUGAAAACUCUGAGUAGGUUGCUGUCUGAGCCUGUGAUGAGAGAUUAAAUUAACUCUAGAUCAGUAACUGAUGCUUUGAAGUAAACCUCCUCAGGAGGACUCUCUAGUAACAAACUCUCUAGUUUCUCUCUAACUUCUCCCCUUCCUGCGGAGCUGAAGCAGCUGUCUGAAACACUAUUUCAUUUCUUCUUUCAUACAGUCGAUAUCAAAGGACGUACUUAACGCAUUUAUCUGCAGAGGCUUUUAGAAACAUUAAACUCCUGGUUAGAUAUUUGUUCUUUACCCAAAUAUGAUCUUUAACAGGAUCCACUCUGCUAUUAACAGCUCCAGUAUCAAACAUCAUACUAGUUUUAAAAUCAUUAACAUAAGCACUUCCUUGACAGCCUGGUUGGAAUUUCUCCAAAUAUCCAGGUCUUCACCUCUUCCAUGCAGACUUAGUCUAAUCCAGAUCAAUCCUGACAUCCUCCAAAAUAAGAAACGCUAAAUUCCCUGUUUUGGUGAGAUAAAGGGAUCAGACAUCUAGAGCCAGGGCAGAAACGUUACUCCAUUCCAGGAUCUAAUGUAGUGUUUCUCAAUGGGGGCAGUACCGCCCCCCAGGGGGCGUUCCGAGGAGGAUAGGGGGCACUGGAAGCAAUAUUGUGGGGGGCGUUUGUUGGUUGGAAAUUCUCAGGCGAGUUUACACCAAAGAUUCACAACAAUAUGAGUUUAAACUUUAAAGUACUGCAAAAAACUGGUCUGCAACAUUAAAACCUGUUAGUUUAGUCCACUGCGACUGGAGGAGACGUGUAUAUUUUCUCCUUCAGCUACUUGUGGUGCAGCUUCGUGCUGC